AUGUCAGGUCGUGGGAUCGGUCUUAUGACGAACCAAUACACAACGAAGAUCAAAAGGGUUGUCAAGUACCCUGACCUGGCUUUGGUACUACCAAAGCUCAUUGCCGGUGUUCGUAUUUUGGAUGUACGCUCAGAUAGAAUUCAAUUUGUUUAUUCAAUUUGGUCGGUGGCUCAGAACGCACUGACUGCUGAGUUGAGUAGCUGGAUUUUAUGUUUUGAUCAUAAAAUGAAGCGACUCGUCAACCUUCCAGAGGAAGACGGCGUGUACCAGGCCCUGCAUGCCUCCCUUAUAGAGCGUGCAGCGGAGUCGCGCCACACCCUCGAGGAAUGGGAGAAAAGGCAAGCACAAAAUGCGGAGGAUAAGAUAGCAAAGGUUUGA